UUUGUAAUUACUAUUAGGUUAUAUAAUGAUUGAUAUGUAACACUGGUUUACAUAGUUCAUGAACAGAUAGGGUUCUAUUGCAGGUACAAACAAGGCCACACAUUCAGAAUUUCUGUUUCCUUCAUACGUCAUAUGUUGACAGACAGGUAAUUUUUAGGAAGUCGUUCCUUUUAUUUAAACAUAGGUGUUUGCGUGAUGUCAGGGACUUCCUUUAUUAACAACAUCAAUAUCAUCCCGAGGGUUUCGGUACUUUGCAUAUAAUGAUAAAUAUGUCUGAUUUUCCAGAUAAAACACUAGGGUAUGAUGUUUCGCUUAGUGGGAACGCAGUGCGCUCACACCCAUUAGAAAUGCAUCUCAACAUCGGAACAAUAAAUACAGUAGUGACUUUAUCUAGACCAGAUGGAUUUCAGGCUGGAAUCUGUUUAGCACCGAUUGGUGGAGUAAGUGGAGGAUGUACUACAGGUUUAACACAGGAUUUAACAACUGGAAUAACUACAUACAAUAUAACAUCUGUAUCACGGACCACAGAUCAAGGUGUUUGGACAAGUACACAUGGGAGUGACACUGGAAGUAUUAAUAUCACGGUUUUAACCAUUCCUACAGUAAACGUAAGCGAAUCAGUAUCUUCUAUGACAUUAUCGUCCGGUACCAUUAAUACCCAACGUUUGAACAUCAGAGUGACGUGUGCAUAUUCAGCAGUCUCACUUGGCUUGUCAUUUGUGCCAACUGGAGGAGGCACUGCAAUCGAUGCCCCAUCAUCAACAUCAACAUGUACCUCUACUGGUAACACAGGGUGUACUGACACAGAUGCCAACAGUUACACCUGUGACAUUACACCACAACAUGAGGCAACUCUGUCACCUGGUACAACAUACUACAUACAAGUAGCAAUAAAUCUGGACGGGCAGUACCAAUCUCUAGGACUAAACUCUAUCAUCACCGAUACAGAUAUAAUAGUGCCAGAUUACACGACCUUACCCUAACCUAACAGGUGUAAUUCUAAAAUGGGUCCAUUAUGAAACGAGCAUUACUCCAGAAUCUAACACCGUAAAUAAAUGUUAUGAGGAUGACAGUGAAGUGUUUACAUAUAUUGAGUGUAGCAAUCUGCUACGAACGAAACAUAUCCAUAUAGCGUCCGUCGGUAUAAUUUAAAACCGUAAGACAUUGUAAUCAUAAAAUGUAAUAACGGUGCAGCUGUAAUGUCCUCAAAAUUCAACUGUGAACUUUAUUCAGCAGAAGUCUUAUGGAUCAAUCUCUCUGGAAAGAAAAUAUUCACCAAACACCGACGAAAAGUCUCCACCACAACGACCGAGUAAUGAUAAAAGCUGCAAGUUGAGGGGACGGGUAUUUGAGUUGGCAAGUUAUCCAUGCAUUUGGACCAAACUAUUCAAGGCCACCUUAUACAAAAAUAAUCCCAAAUGAUUAUAAUACCUUUAAUCAACAAACUGCAUGAAUAAAACAAUCAUUAUAUUCA